UGGGACCGUAACCAAGCUCAUUCAUUGCAUCAUCAAGGUUAAUGAGAUCUUUGAUAUCUAUUGCAGGCUCAUACUCGAAACUUGCAGGAUCGGCGGCAGGAUCGAGGUUAACAAGAUGUCCCGUCCGUUUCGACGCGUUCAGAUGUGUUAUGAAGGAUCUUGAAAAGGUUGAUUUUCCAGCACCUGCAGGACCGGUGACGAGGACCGCGUAGCGCAUAAUUAUGCUCGUGGUGUAUAACCGAGGGGAGAGAGAAACGUUGCUUACAUAAGGAAGCGUUCCUCAGCAUGUCGAGACCUCCCAUCGACCCACCAAAGACGACUGCUGGUAUCGUGGUCGACCCUCAUACCCUAGACCGCGUUAUUCCAGAAUCUAAGCGUCCAGACGGAUCUGUUCGCAAACAGAUUAAAAUCCGACCAGGAUUCACUCCCCAGGAGGAUGUAAAGCGCUUUCGCGGUACCAAACAGACUCAGAUGGAUGUAAACGCACUUCCAAAGGGACACAUAGUUGGCUGGGUACCUUCCCCGAAUAAGGAAAGCGAAGCCAACAAACCCAUGAGCAAAAGUGCGAAGAAGAAUGCGAAAAGGAGGGAGAAGAAAGAAGAGAAGAGAAAUGUUGCCAUCAAGGAUAACUGGGAGGAUGAUGACGAUGACGAUGAAACAGAGAAGAAUAGGAAGAGCACCAGCGUUGCAGAGGCUUCUGAGCCCCUCCCACCUUCAGUCCCGACUCUGGAUCCGGACGCACUGGCGACCGAUUUGAAAGACCUCAAAGUGCAGUGA